CUUCAGGCUCGAUACUCGCCUUUCUGUGCCGGGCUUGGGCCACCGCAGCCAAAGCCAGCUUCGAGCGCUUUAACGACACCCGUGUGCAGGCAUCCACGGAGCAAGUUUGCCUAGCAUGGGUGCUAUCAAGAUCUCUGAGGAUUUUGAUGACCGUCACAUACACCUUGAAGCCGAGGCGCAAGAAUACCAUCCUUAUGAAUACCAGACGGAGAACAACACCUCCUGGGCAGGUGCCCUCCCGGUGAAGCAGGGAUUGUAUGAUCCGUCCCUCGAGAAGGAUGCUUGUGGUGUGGGCUUCGCUUGCCACAUCAAGGGCAAGCCCAGCCAUAAGAUCGUCAGCGAUGCGCGGAACCUCCUUUGCAACAUGACCCACCGCGGUGCGGUGGGGUCCGACGCACGAGAUGGCGAUGGAGCUGGCGUCAUGACUUCCAUCCCCCACAAGUUCUUUGUGAAGAACUUUGAGCGCGAAGAAGGAAUUAAGCUUCCUCCUCCGGGCCAGUAUGCUGUGGGGAAUCUGUUUUUCAAGCCCGUUUCGGAGACCGUGCACGAGUCCAAGCGGCAGUUGGAAGAUAUUGCCGAAUCCUUGGGCUUGAGGGUCCUCGGGUGGCGAGAGCCUCCCGUGGACUCGUCGCUUCUUGGUCCUGCUGCCGCGUCUCGCGAGCCCACCAUUCUCCAGCCCUUUGUCGUUUUGCAGUCUGCUUACGGCUCGGGCAACGCUCCCGAGACGACGGACCCGGAGAAGUUUGAUGAGAGGCUCUUUGAGAGGCAGCUCUAUGUCCUGCGGAAGCGGGCUACUCAUACUGUCGGGCUUCAGAACUGGUUCUACAUCUGCUCCCUUUCCAACAAGAACAUUGUCUACAAGGGACAGUUGGCGCCGGUUCAGGUUUACCAAUAUUACCACGAUUUGGUGAAUGCCGACUAUGAGGCUCACUUCGCCCUCGUGCACUCGCGCUUCUCCACCAACACGUUCCCCUCCUGGGAUCGUGCCCAGCCUCUGCGGUGGGCGGCUCACAAUGGUGAGAUCAAUACUCUCCGCGGUAACAAGAACUGGAUGCGCGCCCGUGAGGGUGUCAUGCAGUCCGACGUCUUCGGCGACGAGCUCGAGCUUCUGUACCCCAUCGUCGAAGACGGCGGCUCUGACUCGGCUGCCUUCGACAACGUGCUGGAGCUGCUCACCAUCAACGGCGUGCUCUCGCUCCCCGAGGCCGUCAUGCUGAUGGUCCCUGAAGCCUGGCAAGGGAACGAUCUGAUGGAUCCCAAGAAGGCCGCAUUCUACGAGUGGGCUGCCUGCCAGAUGGAGCCAUGGGACGGCCCGGCCCUGUUUACUUUUGCCGACGGCCGGUUCUGCGGUGCCAACCUCGACCGCAACGGUCUCCGUCCUUGCCGCUUCUACGUCAUGGAUGAUGACCGCAUCAUUUGCGCCUCGGAGGUUGGCACUAUCCCAGUUGACCCCGAGAGGAUCGUUCAGAAGGGCCGCUUGCAGCCCGGUCGCAUGCUUCUCGUCGACACGCAAGCCGGUCGUAUCAUUGAUGACAGUGAGCUCAAAGCGGCUGUCUCGAGUCGCCACGACUUCCGCGCUUGGCUCGAUGAGAACCUGAUCACGAUGUCCGCGGUCUUGGACAAGGUCUCCGAGAACAAGAGCAUCGUCCUGGCGGCGAAGCCGGAUGAGACCAAGCUGCAGGAGGACCCUCUGCUCCUUGCGUUCGGCUACACCUUCGAGCAGGUCAGCUUGCUCCUGGCCCCCAUGGCCUCGGAUGAAAAGGAGGCCCUUGGCUCCAUGGGCAACGAUGCUCCCCUUGCGUGCCUGUCGGAGGCUCCCAAGCUGCUCUACGAGUACUUCCGCCAGUUGUUCGCUCAGGUCACCAACCCGCCCAUCGACCCUAUCCGCGAGUCGAUCGUCAUGUCUCUGGAAUGUUACGUCGGCCCUCAGGGGAACCUUCUCGAGAUGGACUCGUCGCAGUGCGGCAGAUUGCUUCUUCCCAGCCCCAUCCUUUCGAUCGAAGAGUUCAAUGCCAUCAAGAACAUGUCGACCGUCUACCCCGAGUGGACUCUCAAGACUAUCGACAUCACCUUCCCGAAGAAGGCGGGCAUUGAGGGCUACAUCAAGCAUCUCGACUACAUCUGCAACGAGGCCACGGCUGCCAUUGAGGCUCGCGACAGGAUCAUUGUUCUGUCCGACCGUAACACCUCCAAGGACCGGGUUGCCGUUUCGACCCUGCUUGCCGCCGGCAUGGUCCACCAUCACCUUGUCGCCAACAAGUGGCGUUCCAUGGUCGCUCUUGUCGUCGAGACUGCCGAGGCCCGUGAGGUCCACCACAUGUGCGUCCUGCUCGGCUACGGUGUGGACGCCAUCAACCCGUACCUCGCCAUGGAGUGCAUCUUGAAGCUCAACCGGGAGAAGCUGAUCAAGAAGAAGCUCUCGGACGAUGUCCUCAUUCGCAACUACAAGCACUCUUGCGACGGCGGCAUCCUCAAGGUUAUGAGCAAGAUGGGGAUUUCCACGCUUGCCAGCUACAAGGGUGCGCAGAUCUUCGAGGCGCUGGGUGUCGAUGACAGUGUGGUCGACCGCUGCUUCCGCGGCACCGCGUCGCGCAUCAAGGGUGUCACCUUUGAGCUCAUUGCUGAGGACGCAUUCCGCUUCCACGAGCGUGGUUUCCCUUCGCGAGAGACCGUUACCGUCCCUGGCCUCCCCGAGUCCGGCGAGUACCACUGGCGCGAUGGUGGCGAGGCGCACGUCAACGAUCCGACGUCCAUUGCCAACAUCCAGGACGCGGUCCGCACCAAGAACGACAAGUCGUACGAGGCCUACUCCCGGUCGGAGUACGAGCAGAUCAAGUCCUGCACCCUCCGCGGCAUGCUUGACUUCAAGUUCGAAGAGUACACUCCCAUCCCGAUCGACCAGGUCGAGCCGUGGACCGAGAUUGUCCGGCGUUUCUGCACCGGUGCCAUGUCUUACGGUUCCAUCUCGAUGGAGGCCCACUCCACCCUGGCUCUUGCCAUGAAUAGGCUUGGCGGCAAGUCCAACACUGGUGAGGGUGGUGAGGAUCCCGAGCGCUCGCAGCGGAUGCCCAAUGGCGACACCAUGCGCUCGGCCAUCAAGCAGGUGGCCUCGGGCCGCUUCGGUGUCACCUCGGCCUACCUGGCGGACUCGGAUGAGCUCCAGAUCAAGAUGGCGCAGGGCGCUAAGCCCGGCGAGGGCGGUGAGCUCCCUGGACACAAGGUUUCCAAGUCCAUUGCUCGCACGCGCCACUCCACUCCUGGCGUCGGCCUGAUCUCCCCGCCGCCGCACCACGAUAUCUACUCGAUCGAGGACCUGAAGCAGCUGAUCUACGACCUCAAGUGCUCGAGCCCGCGCUCGCGCGUGUCGGUCAAGCUGGUGUCCGAGACCGGCGUCGGUAUCGUCGCGUCCGGCGUCGCCAAGGCGAAGGCCGACCACAUCCUGAUCUCCGGCCACGACGGCGGCACUGGCGCCUCCCGCUGGACGGGAAUCAAGUACGCCGGUCUGCCGUGGGAGCUGGGUCUGGCCGAGACCCACCAGACGCUCGUCCUGAACGACCUCCGUGGCCGCGUCGUGGUUCAGACGGAUGGCCAGCUCAGGACGGGCCGCGACGUCGCUAUCGCCUGCCUGCUUGGUGCGGAGGAAUGGGGCUUUGCCACCGCGCCGCUGAUCGCCAUGGGGUGCAUCAUGAUGCGGAAGUGCCACCUGAACACUUGCCCUGUUGGCAUCGCGACGCAGGACCCCGAACUCCGGAAGAAGUUUACUGGCACGCCUGAGCAUGUCAUUAACUUCUUCUACUACGUCGCCAACGAGCUCCGUGCCAUCAUGGCUAAGCUCGGCUUCCGGACCGUGAACGAGAUGAUUGGUCACGCAGAGGCUCUCAAGGUCCGGGAUGAUUUGAGGACCAGCAAGACUGCCAACAUUGACUUGUCGCUCAUUCUCACUCCGGCGCACAAGCUCCGCCCUGGCGUUGCCACCUUCAAUGUCCGGAAGCAGGACCACCGCCUCUACGUGCGCCUCGACAACAAGUUGAUCUCCGAGGCCGAGUUGACUCUGGACAAGGGUCUUCCGUCGCGGAUCGAGUGCGACAUCGUCAACACCGACCGCGCCAUGGGUACUUCGCUCUCGUACCAGAUCUCGAAGCGGUUUGGCCAGGCUGGGCUUCCCAUGGACACUGUCCAUGUCAACAUCAAGGGCUCGGCCGGUCAGUCAUUCGGUGCCUUCCUGGCUCCCGGUGUCACACUGGAGCUGGAGGGUGACGCCAAUGACUAUGUCGGCAAGGGCCUGUCUGGCGGUCGCCUGAUCAUCUACCCGCCGCGGUCGGCGGUUUUCAAGGCCGAGGAAAACAUCCUCAUCGGCAAUGUGUGCCUGUACGGCGCCACCAGCGGCACUUGCUUCUUCCGCGGUGUCGCUGCGGAGCGGUUCGCUGUGCGUAACUCGGGUGCCACGGCGGUUGUUGAGGGUGUUGGCGACCACGGCUGCGAGUACAUGACUGGCGGCCGCGUCGUCAUUCUCGGCAGCACAGGCCGCAAUUUCGCGGCGGGUAUGUCUGGCGGUAUCGCCUACGUUCUCGAUAUCGACCAGGACUUCCUCUCCAAGCUCAACACGGAGAUGGUCGAGGCCGGUGCCCUUGAGGAUCCCGAGGAAAUCGCCUUUGUUCGCGGCCUUAUCGAGGAUCACCACCACUACACGGGCUCGGAGCUUGCUGCCCGCAUUCUGGUCGACUUCAACCGGGCGCUGCAGCGGUUUGUCAAGGUCCUGCCGGUCGACUACAAGCGUGUCCUUGCGGAGGAGGCUGCCAAGGCCGCCGAGGCCAAGCGGGCCGAGUACAACCUUCCUGUCGUCCCUACCCCUGCUCCUAAGAAGGAGGAGGCGCAGAAGGCUGCCAAGCUCCAGGAUAUCGAGGAGAGCGUGAGAGACGACGCGGCCGACAAGAAGAAGGCCCUCGUCCUGGACAAGACUCGGGGCUUCAUGAAAUACCAUCGCCGGUCCGAGAAGUACCGCAGCGCGAAGACGCGGACCAAGGACUGGGCGGAGCUGUCGCAGAGACUGGAUGAGGACGAGCUCAAGUACCAGUCUGCGCGUUGCAUGGACUGCGGUGUCCCAUUCUGCCAGUCGGAGACGGGAUGCCCCAUCUCCAACAUCAUCCCCAAGUGGAACGAAUUGGUGUUCCAAAACCAAUGGCGCGAUGCCCUGGACCGCCUGUUGAUGACCAACAACUUCCCCGAGUUCACGGGUCGUGUCUGCCCUGCGCCUUGCGAGGGCGCGUGCGUGCUCGGCAUCAACGAGGACCCCGUCGGCAUCAAGUCGAUCGAGUGCGCCAUCAUCGACCGCGGUUUUGAGAUGGGCUGGAUUGUUCCCAAACCGCCCAAGGUGCGCACGGGCAAGAAGGUGGCCAUCAUCGGGUCCGGCCCCGCCGGUCUCGCGGCGGCCGACCAGCUGAACAAGGCCGGCCACACCGUGACCGUCUACGAGCGCGCCGACCGUCCUGGCGGCCUGCUCAUGUAUGGCAUCCCGAACAUGAAGCUCGACAAGCGCAUCGUCAAGCGGCGCACCGACUUGAUGGCCGCCGAGGGCGUCACCUUCAAGACGGGCGUGACCGUCGGCGAGGACAUUCAGCUCAUGGACCUCAAGGCGCAGAACGAUGCCGUCAUCAUCGCGACCGGCGCAACCGUCGCUCGCGACCUGCCCAUCAAGGGCCGCCACCUGGAGGGCAUCCACUUCGCCAUGGAGUUCCUGCACAAGAACACCAAGUCGCUGCUCGACUCGGAGCUCACGGACGGUGCGUACAUCUCGGCCAAGGACAAGAACGUGGUGGUGAUCGGCGGCGGCGACACGGGCAACGACUGCAUCGGCACGUCGGUGCGGCACGGGGCCAAGUCGGUCAUCAACUUCGAGCUGCUGCCGCAGCCGCCGCCGGAGCGGGCGCGCGACAACCCGUGGCCGCAGUGGCCGCGCAUCUACCGGGUCGACUACGGCCACACGGAGGUGCGGCAGCACAUGGGCAAGGACCCGCGCGAGUACUGCAUCAUGUCGGAGGAGUUCGUCGACGACGGGAACGGCAAGGUCAAGGGCAUCAACACGGUGCGGGUCGAGUGGACCAAGUCGGCCUCGGGCGGCUGGGACAUGAAGAAGGUCGAGGGCUCGGAGGAGUUCUUCCCCGCCGACCUGGUGCUGCUGUCCAUGGGCUUCCUCGGCCCCGAGGGCCGCGUGCUCGGCGACGAGAUCGAGAAGGACGCGCGCAAGAACGUCAAGACGCCGCCGGGCAAGUACUGCACCAACGUGGACGGCAUCUUCGCGGCGGGCGACUGCCGCCGCGGCCAGUCGCUGAUUGUCUGGGGCAUCAACGAGGGUCGCCAGGCUGCGCGCGAGGUCGAUCUCUACCUCGAAAAGUGCACCAACCUGCCCGUCACGGGCGGUAUUGUCAAGCGCACCGCCGAGGAGGUGUUCGCCGCCGCGGCCGCGGCCGCGGCUGCGCCUGUCGAGGUUGUUGCCGCCUAACAACCUCUCGGCGGAAGAUAUAAAACAGCGGUUGAUGAGACAUUACUUUUUUUUCU